AUGCUCCUCACCUUUUCAGUACUAGCUUUCUUUCUCGCAAAUGUCGCCUCCGACGACGCUCUAUUGGAAGAUGUGAAAGCAGCUUUUGAAGAGCUCAACCCUUACGGCGGAAAAAUAGCGUGGAGUGAUGAACUGGAGAAAAAGGCUCUGGAAUAUUUGAAGUCUCCGGAUAGUGUGAAGGCCGACCUGGUGAUCAAAGGAAAGAAGACCUUCCCAAAAGAUGAUCGUACAUCAUUAGGAAUGAAGGUGUACAAGGCGUUCCUAGAAAAUUUCGAGAAGAAGGAUGCAAAUCUUCGAAAUCUCCGCCGAGGCUCACAAUACGGAUGCAACAUCAUUUUCAAAACCACGUCAAUGAAGCAAGACGUCCUGAAUGGUGUCUGUCUCUUCAGGAAGCAAUAA